AUGGGUCUGGAUCGAUUACCUCCACAUGGAACCCCCCUUGAUUGGUUCACUCCAAGGGCCUUUAAUGACCUCCCUCUAUCAACCCAUGCCCUCUACUCGUUCAAACCGACUAUAGCCUUGCCUCCCACAGGGGUAGCCAGCCCCACCAGGAUCUAUCAAUCAGUGGCGUUCAGGAAGAUGACAAAAGAAAAUUUCAUGGCGAAGUACGGAAAUAAGGUCCUGAAAGCUUACGAUGUCGUGAGCAAAGAGGAUGUGCUGAGGAUAUGCUGUAGUACAGAUGACGAUGAGGAUCCAGAUGCUGCAGCGCUGUCAUGA